GCUCCUCGUUCCGCCAUGGCCGCCGCGCUGCACGCGCUCCUCCGGCCCGCCGCCGCCGCGCGCUCCUGCCGCCGCGCGCUCCUGCCGCCGCCGCCGCCCCGCCGCUGCCCCGGGGCGCGGGCCUGCAGCGCCGCAGGUGCCCCGUUCCAGUAUAUCGUGGUGCAGAAGAAAGGGGCAAAGCAGGAUGUGGGCCUGAUCCAGCUGAACCGGCCACAGGCCCUCAAUGCCCUCUGCGAUGGGCUCAUGCGGGAGAUGAGGCAGGCGCUGGAUGCCUUCGAGGGCGACCCACAGGUGGGGGCCAUCGUCAUCACCGGCAGCGAGAAGGCCUUCGCAGCUGGUGCUGAUAUAAAGGAGAUGCAGAACAAAACUUUCCAGCAGUGUUACAGUGGUGGCUUCCUCGCUGACUGGAACAGGGUAGCUACAGUUCGCAAACCAGUCAUAGCAGCUGUGAAUGGUUAUGCGCUUGGCGGUGGGUGCGAGCUGGCCAUGAUGUGUGAUAUCAUUUACGCCGGGGAGAAGGCACAGUUCGGACAGCCGGAAAUCCUGCUGGGAACUAUUCCAGGAGCUGGUGGGACGCAAAGGCUGACCAGGGCUGUAGGGAAGUCACUCGCAAUGGAAAUGGUCCUCACCGGAGACAGGAUCUCCGCACAGGAGGCGAAAGAAGCAGGUCUUGUCAGCAAGAUCUUCCCAGUGGAGAAGCUGCUAGAAGCAGCCAUCAGCUGUGGGGAGAAGAUUGCUGGCAAUUCAAAGCUGGUGACAGUUAUCGCGAAGGAGUCUGUCAAUGCAGCCUUCGAGACCACGCUGGAAGAGGGGAACAGGACAGAGAAAAGACUCUUCUAUGCCACAUUUGCCACCGACGACCGGAGGGAAGGAAUGGCUGCAUUUGUGGAGAAGCGGAAGGCAAACUUCACCAACAGCUGAGCUGUAUGGGGCCCAUGCGUACCUAAGGGCUCCGGGCCAGCACAGGACAGGGACAGAUGUCCCUUUUAUCCCCUCAGACACCAGCUGCCCAGCAGUCAUAACAACACGCCUCUUUAACCAACCCACGUGCCUAAUCAGGGGUGACUCUGCCACUUCCCAGAGCGUCCCGGAUGUGCCGGCCCUCUGAAAAGGAGCAUAGCUCAGCGCUGUGCCACAUGGAGGGGCUGUGGACCUGAUUGUGACUAAUGCCUUCCCUUCAGUGAGAUGAUCUGAAUCAGGGCUCAGCUUGUGAUUGCUAUUAAAAGGCUUUCCUGGCA